AUGCCGAAAGUUCCACAGUCAACUAGCAGCUUUCAAGCGGCUUACAUCUCAGAACGUCAAAUAUCUGAAGAGUCUGGGUCUGAAACUUCGCGGAAAAGCAAGAAACUAUUUGCAUCAUCAAGUUUAAACAAUAAUGAUGAAAUUCGCAUAGCUGUGCAGCAUCAAGAUUUAUAUGUGUUGCCAUGCAAGAGUUCACCCCACAUCUGUGGUCGUCUCACGAAGGCUGAUGGCAUCACUGCUGCUGAAGCAACCAACUUUGUCAAUAAUGCCAUUUGUCACUUAUUUGAGGAAAUCCGCUAUGAACUGAAUGCUAUGGAAAUCGAUCGCUGUAAAAAUGUUGGUGUAAGUACUCUGAUGAAAAACUACAUUUUCCAGAGUCCAAGUCAAACAUUUUUAUUGGAGCAUGCUGGUUGGAUUUUCCAAGAAAAUGGGAAAAUAACUGACGAUGCAGGAUAUUUUGAUCUCUCUAUUCCUCUGAUUAUGAUACUGGGAUUUGCUGAAGAUUACCAACGGAUUAUCAUCAACGCGAAGCAUAAGUUAAUUCUCACUCGUUCACACAAUGACAACAAUGUUGUUUUACAAGCCCAACCAGCUCAAGGGGUACAAGCAGAGGACUUCAAAAUUUCACUCACCAAGCUUGAAUGGAUGAUAUCCUACGUCAAAGUUGCAGAUUCUCGUAAAGUUCAACUGUUGAACUAUAAUGCUCAAGAUAUAGCCACACCUAUGAGCUUUCGAGCUUGGGAGUUGUACGAGUAUCCCAUGUUAGCGAGAACCUCCAAACAUGUUUGGGUAGUGAAAUGUUCAACACAAUUGGAAAAACCACGCUUCGUUAUUGUUGGAUUCCAGAGCUCCAGAAGGAAUCAAAUAACCAACAAUGCCAGUAAAUUUGAUCAUUGUACCAUUCGAGAUGCGAAACUCUUCCUGAAUUCUCAGAGUUACCCCUAUGGAAACCUCCAUCUUGAUAUUACACACAAUCAGUACUCUCAACUCUACAACACGUAUACUGACUUCCAGACUUUUUACUAUGGUAAGGAGCCUGAGCCCUUGCUGAACAGGGAUGCAUUCUUGAAGACAGCACCGCUCAUCGUCAUCGAUUGCUCCAAGCCGAACAAGUUCCUGAAAACUGGACCUGUAGAUAUUCGACUUGAAUUCGAAUUGACGCAGAUAUUCCCCUAUACUACUGCAGCUUAUUGCUUGAUCUUACAUGAUCGAAUUAUCGAAUAUCAUCCUCUCAGUGGUGGAGUGAAGAAAAUGAUUUAA